GUUAGGGUUAGGGCAGGCAGGGGCGCGCGCGAUGGCAGCAGCAGUGAAGGAGAACGAUCGCGUCGAGGAGUGGGAGGAGGGCCUGCCGACGCCGGAGGAGCUGACGCCCUUGAAUCAGAGCUUGAUCACGCCGGAGCUGGCCAGCGCAUUUAGCAUCUCGCAGGAGGCGGCCAAAUCCUCGUCGGACGUGCUGCACGCCUCGAUCGCCACGGUCACGGCGCUGCGGCGCCAGCCAUCGUCGUCGCCCGGGGGCGUGUUCGAGUCGAUCCCCGCGUUUCCAGUCGCGGCGGAGGAGGAGAUUGACAAGAAUGCCGCGGCGGGGAACGGGAUUGGGGGUUUCGCGGACGCUGGCGCUGGCGCGGGAGCUGGAGCUGGGGCGGCCGCGAAUUCCUCGCUCCAGCCGGGGCAAGCGGGGAAUUCUUUCCAGUUUCAAGGUACGCAGGGCUUUGAUCCGGCCAGGAGAGGUGAGGUUGGCGUCGCCAGCGCGCCGAUGAUGAGCAAUCUCCCCUACAGCCCCUACGAGCGGCGGCCAGAGACGAGCUCUGGUGGUGGAAUGGGGGCCGAGGACAGCAGCAACACCGCCAAGAAAUUGAGGAAGCAAUCGUCGGAUCUGGGCGAGGAGGAGGAGGCCGACUCUGGCGGGGGUCCCGAGAACUCCGGCGAGGAGCCGGCCGCUAGAACGCUCAAGAGGCCGAGGCUGGUUUGGACUCCACAGCUCCACAAGCGAUUCGUGGACGCGGUGGCGCACCUGGGGAUCAAGAACGCGGUGCCAAAGACGAUCAUGCAGCUGAUGAACGUGGAGGGUCUCACGCGAGAGAACGUCGCCAGCCAUCUCCAGAAGUACCGUCUCUAUCUCAAGCGGAUGCAGGGGCUCUCGAGCGAGGGGCCGUCGGCCUCGGAUCAUCUCUUUGCCUCCACGCCGGUUCCUCCGGGCCUCGCCGCCGCCGCUGCACACUUCAUCCCUGGCCAUCGCGACGACGUCGUAGCUCUUCCAUUCUCGCCGGUGGUGCCUGUGCCGAUUGCCGGGCUUGGAGCUCCUCACGUCGGUGCCGCGUUUGGUCCCCGGCCCCCUUACUCGGGCUUCGAGCACCAUCCUUACGGGACUUUGGGGAGGUCUGUGCCUCAGAGGAUGGGUGGCGGUCCGGGGGAUCACAGGGAGAUGGUGAUGGAGAAUCAAGGACAGCCCGGCUCGUCGCCUCCCAGGCGAAUUUUGACUCUCUUUCCAACCAGCAGCCAUUGACACACACAUACACAUACACAAAGAACACACUACACAGUUCGCGCUCGCUACGUCGUCUUGUACAUUCGUUUUGGAGAUUGUUUUCCGGGGUGACCGACUAUAUCUUCUGCUCGAGACCGCGUUUGUCGCUGUAUGGUUUCCAGGGAGCAGCAAGAGAAUCAAGCGAGCGAUCCAGCCAGCCGCGAAGUGUAUAGGGAGAGCGCUGCUCCACACAGCCAGCAACGAUUACAGUGCACACUACAGUGGCGAUUCGACAAAGGUGGGAGAAGAAGAUGAAGAAAAAGAGGAAGGAAGAUGGAACAGGGAGGAUAGAAUUGACCCGAUCUUUUGGCUUUGUCACGGCCCGAGUACCAAAAAGUUUGGUUUUUCAUUCCAAGGGAGCUGUACAAGACUAUUCAAUAUAGAAUGUUCGCAGCAGCACGACAAUGCAUAGGUGUAAUAUUGUAAGAGUUUUUUGGAACAAGCCAGCUCCUGUCGCGAGCUUUUGGAA